AUGAGAAGUGAGAAUGAACCCACGUUGUAUGUAAAGAGUAAAGGUAAUGAUUUCAUCAUUGUUUGCCUUUACGUUGAUGAUAUCAUUUAUACUAGCUCUUCUAUUUCUCUUGUGGAUGAAUUCAAGUCUCAAAUGAAGAAUGAGUUUGAGAUGUCGGAUAUAGGUUUAUUACAUUAUUUUCUUGGCCUUGAAGUCCAUCAAGCUGAAGAUGGAAUAUUUCUGUCACAAAGGAAAUAUGCUAGGGACCUGCUCAUUAAAUUUGGUCUACUUAAUUGCAAGCCUGCAACUACACCUAUGAAUGUUGGUGAAAAAUUGCAGCUUAAUGAUAGAGCAGAGAUAGAUGAUGCUAGAAGUUUCAGAAGCCUGGUUGGAGGUUUGAUUUACCUAACUCACUCUCGUCCCGAUAUUGCAUUCUCUGUUGGUGUCGUUUCCAGGUUCAUGCAACAACCUUCAAAG